GCAUAGCAGCUUAGCUAAUGUAGGAGAGGUGGUUGUAUUAGCUGCUGGUUUAGCCCAUGAUGAAGGAGCUUCAGGCUUUGGGCUUUUGGAGAGCUGUCCUUGCUGAGCUAAUUGGGACAACCAUGUUUGUCUUUUCUGGUGUUUCUGCAGCAAUUGGGAAUGGGAACAGCAGCUACCCAGACCAGGAAGUAAAGGUAGCAUUAGCAUUUGGGCUAGCCAUUGCUAUCUUGGCUCAGAGUCUGUGCCAUAUAAGUGGUGCCCACCUGAACCCAGCUGUCACACUGGCCAUGCUGGUUAGCUGCCAGAUUAGCAUGUGCAGGGCAUUGUGGUAUGCUGUGGCCCAGGUGACUGGGGCUGUGAUUGCUAGUGGUAUUGUUCUGGGAGUGAGACCAUCAGUGGUGGAUUCACUUGGGCUGAACAAGCUGAAUGGUGUCAGCCCAGGACAAGGCUUUGGAAUUGAGUUUCUCCUCACACUCCAAAUGGUGCUGUGCUUCCUAGCAACGAUGGAUAAAAGGCGGAACAACCUUGCUGGUUCAGCUCCGUUUGCAGUCGGGCUCUCUGUGGUUCUGGGUCACCUUGCAGGAAUUAGUUACACUGGAUGUGGAAUCAACCCUGCUCGAUCUUUUGGUCCAGCUCUGGUGUCUGUGGAGUUUGAACACCACUGGGUGUUCUGGGCGGGGCCGCUGUGUGGUGGUGUCGUAGCUGCGCUCCUCUACGACUUCGUCCUGUUUCCUAGAGGUUCAGAUGUCGUCAGCCGGUUCAAGGUUUUGUGCCAUGGUGCUGAGGCUUUGGAUGUGGAGACUGAACCCCUGCUCGAGGGUGGUGCUCCUGUAACUCAGUGGGAGAAAUCCUAAAAAAACAAAAGACUGCUUCCGGCUUUCAGAAUGUGGUUCGGUACACUGAUGGUAAAAUAAACCUGUAACUUUUUGUCCCAGA